AGUCCACCAGUACACUUCAAACCUUUGAUAUCAGAUAAUUAGUCAAUAAUUAUUGGAAAAUAUACACUCUUCAGAUCUAUUAAACUACAUUUAACCCUCGGAAACCAGCAAGGGCUACCAAGUGUGCAGUCUUAGAAAUAUCCUUGGAUAGUGUUUCAGCAAAAUGCUCAUUAGAUGCAUUGUUCUUCUUUUCAUCUGGUUUGCAAGUGCCCAGGACUUGGAACAAGAAUUUGCUGAAAAAGAUCAAGAGAACGCUGCAAUAGGCAAAUCUUGGUCUGAGUUGCAGAAACUUCUCUCAGAACGUCUGAACAAAAAUGAAGAAAAAGGCAUACCUGAAAAUAGUUUGGAGAUCCCUGCUGCUAACUUGGAAGAAAGUGAUUAUCUGAAUAUGCCAAAGCGCAAUAAUCAAGAUUUACAAAAUCUAAACUUAGAACCAGAAAUUGAUCCAGUUGCUUCCAUUCUUGAGGGUAUGGAACAACCCACUAAUCCACCAGCCUUGGACAUCAAUAUAUCAGGGGAAAUUAUUUCCGGAAAUAAUUCAAGGCAUAACGAAAAGCAAGAGGAGGAGGAAAAUAAGGAGAAGUCUAAAAUAAAAGAAUACAUAAAGGAGAUUCAAUACCAUGUUAUCCCUGAAAAUAAACCAAAGUUGGAUAACAUUUUUAAAGAAGAAAAACGUUAUGUAUAUCAUCCAAAAUAUUCUCAUUUGGAAAAUGGGGAUAGAGAUUAUGUGGAAUCUCUCCAUCCAUCUCAGAUUCCAACAGAUAAAGAAGGCAUGCAACAUCAAGAACACCACACCAAAUACCCUGAUAACCAGGCACAAGAACUGAAUGAUAGCAAUGAAAACAAUUACCAUAUUGGUAAACAGAAAGAAAAACUGGUGGACGAUAUUAGAAAUAGAUUAGAGGAAGACAGCCAUGAGAAUUUGCAACAUCAAGACCAUAAUACCAACUACUUUGAUAAUCAGGCACAAGUACCCAAUGGUAGCCAUGAAAACAAUUUCCAUGUUGGUGAACAAAAAGAAAAAAUGAAGGACAAUAUCAGGAAUAGAUUAAAAGAAGACAGCCAUGAGAAUUUAAAGGUACCAGAAUAUCAUCAUCAUUCAAAUAAGUUUUCAAAUAACAAUAAAGCAAGCUCUGAAUGGAAAGAGCGUGGCCAUAAUUCAAAUGAGAAUACUAUUGAGCAUCCUAAAGUUGUUGAGCAUCUUGAAGACAGAAAAGACAUGAAUGAUUACAGGGUUUCUACUCCUCCUGUUAUAUCUCAUUCAGAACUCUCCACACAAGUAACAGAAUUUGAGAUCAAUAUUUCAGAUGAAAUGCUGCCACAAAACAAUCUAGAACACCUUAAAGCUCCAGUAACAAGUCAGCCACUAAAAGAAAAGGAAAAAAUGGAAGAAUACAUCAAAGAGAUUCAGUAUAUUAUUCCUGAAAGUAAAUCAAACCGAGACAAUAAUGCCAAGGAGGAAAAACGAUUUGUUUAUCAUCCAAAAUAUCCAGAAGAUGAAAGAAGUUAUGAAAGAACACUGCCUAUCGCCUAUCAAGAAGCAGAUAAAAAAGACAUGAAUCUUACAGAUGCUUCUGAAAAUGGAAAUGAUGAAGACACAGAUUCCAGUCCAAAUAAUGUGUCUCCACAAUCAAUAAUACCAAAAGAUGUUGCUGAUAUGCUUCAUAAUGAGGACAAGCUUAAGAAUCGUACAUCAAAUAAAAAACCAAAAGAAUUUCACCUUGAUAGUGCAAAUAAAGAAAUUUUGGAAGAUUAUAAAACAAAUACUAAAGAAAGAAUUCAAGAAGAAAUAGAAAAAUCCGAAUUAAUUGAUAAUCAGAGCACUAGUCUCAUGAAGCCCAUCAAAAUUGAAAAUGAGGCCAAGAGAGAUGAUAUAAAACAAGAUAACCAAACAAAUCUUUUACUCCUCUCAAAACAUACAGUAAACAAAUCUGUAAAUGAUGAUAUUAAACUUAUAAAAUCUAUCAAAGAUCAAACUAAUGGUUUAAAAUUAGAAGGACCAGAUUAUUCUAUUAAUGAUGACAAUGAAAAGAUUUUUGAGACCAAGAGCAAAAAUACAAAGAAUACAGAAAGCAUUGAGGAAAUUUUUAGCAAUGAAAAAGAUGACAGUGAUGACAGUAGUGAUAGUGACGAGAAAGAUCUAAAAGAUAGUACCAAAGAUGAAAGCGAUGAAAGUAAUGAAACUGAAAGUGAAGUUGAAGAGGAAGAUGACAAGGUUCCUGUCACUGAAUCUGUCCAAACCACAACAAGGAAGCAGAGAGAAAGUGUAGAAAUUGAUGAUAAAAAUCACUCCACAACUUACACGGAAAUCGUCCAGGGCCAUGACUAUUCUGUAGGCUCUGAGGAAUCGGAAACUGAAGUACUUAAUGUAGACAAACUUAAUGUUUUAGGUCUGCAGACUCCUAGUCCAAAAGAAAUCAGAUACCAUCUACUACAAAACCAUGAAGAGGGGGAUAGUAAUGAAGUGCAGGAUAUGUAUCAAACCAUGCAUAGUUCUAAUCAUGGAGAUGAUAACUCAACUAGCUAUUCCAAAAAAUUAACGAUGUAUGAUGAACUGUACGCAAACUCUUCCCACUUGGCUUGCAUUGACAGAACAGUGGAAGAUGUGAUGCCGUCGCCAGAUGACGAUUCUUUCUCAAGCGAACAUGGUUUAAAUUCAGCCAACUUUGGUUACCUUCUGGAGUACAUUGCAGGAAAUAAUGAUAAAGGUGAGAAGAAAACCCUGGCUUAUCCUGUUCUUAUUCAGGUUACUCCGCACAUAAACGAGACGGUCACAAGAUCAAUCUGCCUGAUUAUUUCACAAUUUAAUGACAGGAUUCCUCCUGAAAUGGAACAUCAUCUUGCCACGAUGGAUUUAGCCAAACCAAAUAAUCCGGAAAUAAGGUUGCGUACAGUUGGGGCGAAGAUCUGGUACGCGAGAAUGUACAGCGGUACAGCUAACGAGUACACGUACAGACAACAAGCUAGAAAUAUUCUAGAUAUUAUUGUGUCUGAUGAUAAUUACCUCGAGGUUGACCUUCACAGCUAUACUAUUGGGAUUAGUAAAGAAAACGAUGAGUUUAGCUAUACUGUUGGAUUCCAGAAACUUGCAAAAAUUAAUUAAAUUGUUUUAAUGUUAAUUUUGAAAUCGGAUAACUAAUAAAGAUGAAGCUAGCAAA